ACUGUCCCGAACAAUCGAGAAGAUAGAUUUAUAUCAAAAUCUGACUCCUCGUCAAAAAUAACUCGCACCGCUAAGCUGAAUUUUCUUUCCCUUUCUCUUCCGUUGUUCUUUUCUUUUCGUCUUUCAUCUUCUAUCUUCUUCUCAUCGUUCAGUAUCGAUGUCCGAGCCCGAAGCUGCUGCGUCCCUGGAACGGGAACCAACAGAGGAUUCCAACCACUAUAUCGAUGGAGUUAAGCUUGCCGCUCUCAUGAUUUCAAUAUCCCUUUGCAUGUUCCUUGUGUCUUUGGACCGGACAAUCAUCUCGACCGCCAUCCCUACCAUCACCAACGAAUUCCAUUCCUUCGACGAUAUGGCAUGGUACGGGAGCGCCUAUAUGUUGACCGGCUCGGUAAUGCAGCUGCCCCUGGGGACCAUGUAUCAGAUAUAUGCGUCCAAACACGUCUUCUUAGCGAUCAUGCUGGUGUUCAUCGUGGGCUCGGCCGUGUGCGGCGGGGCCUCGAAUUCCCUUGCGGUGAUCCUUGGCCGUGCUGUUCAAGGAAUAGGGUCGGCCGGAAUUACAGCCGGGUGCAUGAUCAUCAUUACUGAGACCGUUCCGUUGCCCAAGAGGCCGAUGUACAUGGGAAUUCUGGGAGCCGUCUUUGGCGUCUCGGCCAUCGUUGGACCCCUGCUUGGGGGCGCUUUGACCACGGGUGCUUCGUGGCGGUGGUGCUUUCUGAUUAAUUUGCCUAUAGGCGCAGUUGCGAUGAUAGUCAUAUUUUUGAUAUUUCCUGUUGGGGGGAAAGGGGGCGAUAAGGAUGAGGUGGAACAGGAUCGAACAGGGAUUACUGCUGGUGGUGGCAGCAUGCGCCUUUGGAAGCGGAUCCAACGCUUCAAUCCGCUUGGUCUUUGUUUCAUGGUUCCUGCUGUAGUAUGUCUGGUGCUCGCCCUGGAAUGGGGUGGUUCGACCUAUGCUUGGAAAUCCGCCCGGAUAUUUAUUCUCCUCGUCCUUAGCGGCGUGCUUUUCAUUCUGUUUGGCGUGGACCAGUGGCUAGAAGGAGAGUACUCGACAAUCAAGCCACGGCUCAUCGCAGACAGGACCGUUGCGGCCAGUGCGCUGUAUACAGCAUUUAUCGGCGCAUCGAUGAUGAGCCUCGUCUAUUACUUGCCGAUCUGGUUCCAAGCAAUCAAGGGCGCCAGUGCGGUCAAGUCGGGAGAGAUGAACAUCCCGUUGCUCCUAUCCCUGGUCAUCGGAUCCAUGAUUUCGGGGAUUCUGGUAUCGAAGCUCGUUGGCUACCCAUCACUGUUCAUGAUCAUCUCAUCUGUCCUGAUGACGGUGGGUGCGGGCCUGCUCAGUACGUUCACAGUGGCAACAGGCCACGCUAAAUGGAUCUCAUAUCAGGCUCUCUUUGGUAUUGGUCUGGGUCUGGGCAUGCAGCAGGGUGCUACAGCCGUGCAGAUGGUGGUUCACAAAGCCGACGUGCCUUCCGUACUCUCCCUUUUAUUCUUCUGUCAACAGCUGGGAGGUUCAAUUGCGCUUGCCAUUGCACAGAAUAUUGUCUCCAGCAAAUUAGUCUUGGGUCUGCAUGACAGCCUGCCGGACGUGGAUGCAUCAGCCAUCGUGAGCUCCGGGGCGACGCAACUGAGGAGCAUGGUGCCGACAAAAACCCUAGCCACUCUCCUGCACAUAUAUAACAAGGCUGUGACAACUUCUUUCUACCUCACCGCAGCCACAUCCGCAGUUACAUUCUUUGCUGCAAUUUUUAUUGUACCGAGGAGUUUACUUAAGACGAAUUGCGAAGACGAGGAAGUAAGUUCGGGUCAAAACAGGCCGGUCCAGGAAUAACAUGUUGUCUGUC